AUGCCUGCCAAGCGCACUCGCAAAGACGAAUCUGGAGAAGAGUCGAGCACUGAGGAGGCUCCAGUCCUCAAGAAAAAACCUGCUUCCGGUACUGUUACUGUCCCUAUCCCAGAUAAACACACCGAUGCGGAAGGGAAUACUUAUUUCGAGAUAAGCGGGAAACGGCGCGUGACAGUUCGAUCCUUCAAUGGAUUAAAGCUGGUAGAUGUCCGUGAGAUGUACACGGACAAGGCUAGCGGAGAGUUGAAGCCUGGUAAGAAGGGAAUCUCAUUAUCAGAAGAACAGGCAAGCCCGAGCAGCACGCUUUCAUCACCAGGACUAACGAAUCUUAGUUUAUGGGCCUUCUCCAGAGCCAUAAAAACCACUAGGACUGUUAAAACCACAACCAAAACCUCGUCCUCGAAAGAGCCCAAAGAAUCCAAACCUACUUCGAAAUCCAAGCCUGCGUCCAAGAAGAAGGCUCGCAAAGCGGAAAGCGAAGAGGAAGAGGAAGAGGAAAAGGAAAAGGAAGAAGAAGACUGA